AUGUGUUCUCCAGCAUCUCAUUUAAGUCAUUCUGACAUUGUCAAGGAUGAACUGUCCCGCGAUGGGCUCCAUCGAAUCCGUCGCUAUAACGAAAAGUCAAUCACAGUGGCAGUCGGCCUAAUCUGUAUUGCACUCGCUGCAACUCUGCUCAUCGGAACCAUCGUCGGCUUUUCGUACGUGUCUAGCUGGUCAGCGAAAGUGGGCAUGAUAUGUGCCUUUACCAUCGCCUUUGCUUUGUGUCGGAGAUCUAUCAGGGAACCAGUGCUGUCAACCGCAGUGAGCCAUGCCGCUGUCCGCGGUCUUUCAUGCUCUCGUGUUCACAGCAGCGGUGUUUUCGGAGGAUAG